GGGGAUUGGAGCACCUGAAUCACAUGAUAUGGAGGGGAUUGGAGCACCUGAAUCACAUGAUAUGGAGGGGAUUGGAACACCUGAAUCACAUGAUUGGGAGGGGAUUGGAACACCUGAAUCACAUGAUAUGGAGGGGAUUGGAACACCUGAAUCACAUGAUUGGAGGGGAUUGGAACACCUGAAUCACAUGACUGGGAGGGGAUUGGAACACCUGAAUCACAUGAUAUGGAGGGGAUUGGAACACCUGAAUCACAUGAUUGGGAGGGGAUUGGAACACCUGAAUCACAUGAUAUGGAGGGGAUUGGAACACCUGAAUCACAUGAUGUGGAGGGGAUUGGACACCUGAAUCACAUGAUAUGGAGGGGAAUGGAACACCUGAAUCACAUGAUGUGGAGGGGAUUGGAACACCUGAAUCACAUGAUAUGGAGGGGAAUGGAACACCUGAAUCACAUGAUAUGGAGGGUGGGGGGGACAAUAU